AUGAAGUACUUUCAAUUGAAAUUCAUCCUGUCAGCGGUGUGUGAGUUGCCCUGUGCGAACGGGGGUCGCUGUGUGGAGCCUGGCACCUGCCAGUGUCCAUCUGACUACACCGGUCAACAGUGCCUUUUACCCCUGUGCACUCCUGCCUGUAAAAAUGGUGGAAGAUGUGUGGAUGUCAACAAAUGUGCGUGUGCUGAUGGAUGGCAAGGAGCGCGCUGCCAGAUAGAACCGGUUCUGUGUCGGAAACCUUGUAAGAAUGGAGGAGUGUGUGUGGGCCUCAACAGGUGCCGCUGUGCCAAAGGAUUCACUGGGAGCCUCUGUGAAACAGCGGUGACCAUACCCUGUGUGCCGCCCUGCCAACACGGCGCCACCUGCAGUCCUCACAACACGUGCACCUGUCCAGAGGGCACCGCAGGCCUGCGCUGUGAGCGACUGACGUGUCCUGUGGUCACCACGGUGGUCAGUAUGGCUCGAGCAGUGAGAAAGGCGUUUAGGGAGAGUUACGUUGACCGCUGUGGACCCCUGGGAGUUCAGCUUUGCACUAAAUACAGGAUAAACCAGGCACGUGUGUACCUGCAGGCCUACAGGGUGGGCUACAAGAUCCAGUGUCCUCAGAGGAAGGGCAGAUGAGCGGCGCUGUCAACAACCUGCUGGUCACGAGGACACGCCCCCCUUCAGACAAGAUGUUGGACCGAAACUCAACUGUAAAACUAAGUGUCACUGAUCAAUGUGAGGUUGAUGUGGCUCCUUUUAAAUCAAGUGGAUAUGUUGAAAAGAGAAAGGGCACCUGAUUGUAUCAUCAAGGAUGUUUAUUUGGUUUAACGAUAUAUGUUGACGAGAAUCUUUAGCUCACUAUUGUACACCACUAUUUACAUUUAAUGAGAGAUUCCUUAGAAUGUAAAAUGUACAUUAGAUGUUUGUCAUGUUUGUAUGUGGCAGCUGAGCGUUGUUAAAUUUACAUGUGUUGUUUUUUUCUACAAAAUGGUGUCAGUAUUACUUAGGUUUUUAUAGUAAACAACAAACUUUCAAUGAAA